ACAAACCCUGCCUCAGCACCGCUGGCUACGGAAUACAGAUUUUCUUCAGCGGGAUUCGUAGAGGAUAAGAGAUACACGCGCGCGCGCGCGCACACACACACACACACAUUCUCUCUCUUUCCCAGCUUCUUAGCGACUGGCUUUAGAACGGAAGAUUCUUUCAGAACCAUAAGCCAAGGACAGCUCCUCGGGGCUAGCCUAAGCGAGGCACUUCGUGUGUGUGUGUGUGUGUGUAUGUGUGGGGAAAGCUUGCGUGUGCUGUAUGUUGCGCGCGCGCGUGUGUUUCGGGGAUUCAGGAAAUCAACCCCUCAACAAUAUCCAUUCAUUAUCAAGUGGUGUAAGAGGAAAUCAGGAGACCUGCAAGAGCCACAGGAAAAGCUUGCUGAGUUCCACACAGAAGGACGGGCAUUCUGCUACGCUCAGGUGAAUGAAUGAAACAUUAUAUACCUGUAUGUAUAACCCCCACUACGAACUGCUUCUUAAAGUAUGCAAGACUCAUGCCCGUCCUGAUUUUGGACAGAAGGAAGAAACGAAAGUGAGCUUUUCUGUUUUUAGACUGAAAGAAAAGGAGAGGGAGUUUUAAAGAACACAAAAUCUUAAGGAAUUGAGCAACACAAGAACUACAAAUAGCUUCUUGCCAAGCUUCUCAGAAAGUGAAGAUUUUGUGAACUGGGGUAAUGUGGAUUUUUUUUUUUUUUUUUAAAGAGGAACAUCAGGAGGAGAAAAUUUUGGCAGAGCUUCGCCUAAUCGUUAAGGGGACUGAAGAAAAAAGGAAGAAAAGAGGUUUUUUUUGCCCACUUCUCCUGCCACAAAAUUAUGCAAAAUCUGGUGCUCUUCAUUAGCAGCACUGCUAUGGUCCUUCAGAGGGCUUGGAAAGGGAUCUUGUGAACUCAUUUCCAGAAGCAGCUACCUCUCUGUUCUUUAGCACCUGCAUUGAAAUGGAUACUGGAGUUGACUGGAAAUCUUGACAGAAAAGUGAUAGAUAAUUAAGGGGGAAGAAAACCAUGCUCUGAAUCCUUCAGAAGGCCAUUUUGAAACGUUGGGAGAAGCUACUUCCAAGCCAGCUGAAUUAAGAUUUUGGUAAUAGAAACCUUGGUUUCCAUGGAUCUUUAGGCUGAUGGGAUUGAGUUUCAAGUGGGAUUUGGCGAUGACUGGGAAGAAGGGGGGAUCUGUGUGCAUGGAGCAACUCUCCUUCUGUUUGUUCAUGAGCAUCUGCUGUGGCUGGUGGUAUCAACCAGUCAGCACAGCCAAACCCAAAGGCCAAGGGCAUCCCCACAUGAACUCCAUUCGCCUUGAUGGGGAUAUCACUUUAGGAGGUCUCUUCCCUGUCCAUGGACGGGGCUCUGAGGGAAAGGCCUGUGGAGAGCUAAAGAAGGAGAAGGGGAUUCAUCGUCUUGAGGCCAUGCUUUUUGCUCUAGAUCGAAUCAACAAUGAUCCUGAUCUACUUCCAAAUAUCACUUUGGGGGCCCGCAUCCUGGAUACUUGUUCUCGAGACACCCAUGCUUUGGAGCAGUCCCUCACCUUUGUUCAGGCUCUAAUAGAGAAGGACAGUACUGAGGUGCGUUGUGUUAAUGGGGGGCCACCUAUCAUCACAAAGCCGGAACGCGUGGUUGGAGUAAUUGGUGCAUCAGGCAGCUCUGUUUCCAUUAUGGUGGCCAACAUCUUGCGCCUCUUUAAGAUUCCUCAGAUAAGCUAUGCUUCUACAGCCCCUGAUCUGAGCGACAACAGUAGAUAUGAUUUCUUUUCUCGCGUUGUCCCCUCUGAUACUUACCAAGCCCAGGCUAUGGUAGACAUUGUUAAAGCAUUCAAGUGGAAUUAUGUUUCAACUUUAGCUUCUGAAGGGAGCUAUGGUGAAAGUGGAGUAGAAGCAUUCAUCCAGAAAUCCAGGGAGAAUGGGAGCGUGUGUGUGGCACAAUCAGUCAAGAUUCCCCGAGAACCCAAAGAAGGAGAAUUUGAUAAGAUCAUUCGACGCCUUUUGGAAACAUCCCAUGCUCGAGCUGUCAUCAUAUUUGCCAAUGAAGAUGAUAUCAAGAAUGUGUUGAUGGCAGCAAAGCGAGCCAAUCAGAGUGGGCACUUCAUCUGGAUGGGUUCUGACAGCUGGGGUUCCAAAAUUACCCCUGUGAGGGAUGUGGAAGAGGUUGCAGAAGGAUCUGUCACCAUCUUGCCCAAGAGGGCAACUGUUAGAGGUUUUGAUCGCUAUUUUUCUAGUAGGACACUGGACAAUAAUCGCCGGAACAUUUGGUUUGCUGAAUUUUGGGAGGAUAACUUUCACUGCAAGCUAAGUCGCCAUGCUCUCAAGAAAGGAAGUGCUAUCAAAAAGUGUACAAAUCGAGAACGGAUUGGCCAAGAUUCCGCUUAUGAGCAGGAAGGAAAGGUCCAGUUUGUCAUUGACGCAGUCUAUGCCAUGGGUCACGCACUGCAUAAUAUGCACAAGAACUUGUGUCCAGGGAAGAUCGGUCUUUGCCCCAAGAUGGAUCCAGUAGAUGGUGCAGAGUUGCUCAGAUAUAUCCGGAAUGUCAAUUUCUCAGGUAUUGCAGGAACCCCAGUGACUUUUAAUGAGAAUGGAGAUGCUCCAGGCCGCUAUGACAUUUAUCAGUACCAAAUCAAGAAUGCUACGCCUGAGUAUAAAGUUAUUGGGCACUGGUCAGAUCAUCUAAACUUAAAAAUGGAGCGCCUGCAUUGGCCUGGGGGAGGCAAUCGUGUGCCCACCUCCAUAUGCAGCCAGCCAUGCAAACCAGGCGAAAGGAAGAAGUUGGUGAAGGGCAUCCCAUGCUGCUGGCAUUGUGAGCGCUGUGAUGGAUACCAAUAUCAGCAAGAUGAGUUCCAUUGCAAGGUGUGCCGUCUCAGUGAGCGCCCCAAUGAGAAUCACACUGGCUGCAUCCCCAUCCCCAUUGUUAAACUUGAGUGGAGCUCUCCUUGGGCCAUGGUGCCAGUUUUCAUUGCCAUUGUAGGCAUCAUUGCCAUCCUCUUUGUGGUGGUAACAUUUGUGCGCUACAACGACACACCUAUUGUCAAGGCCUCAGGGCGGGAACUAAGCUAUGUGCUGCUGACGGGUAUCUUUCUUUGUUAUGCCACCACCUUCCUGAUGAUUGCUGAGCCUGACUUGGGCAUCUGCUCCUUGCGGCGUAUCUUUCUGGGCCUGGGCAUGAGCAUCAGUUAUGCUGCCUUGCUGACCAAAACCAAUCGCAUCUAUCGCAUUUUUGAGCAGGGCAAGAAGUCGGUUAGUGCUCCACGCUUUAUCAGCCCUGCUUCCCAGCUGGCCAUCACCUUCAGCCUCAUAUCUCUGCAACUCCUAGGGGUCUGUAUCUGGUUCAUUGUGGACCCUUCACACUCUGUUAUCGACUAUGAGGACCAGCGGACUACAGACCCCCGCUUUGCCCGGGGAGUCCUUAAGUGUGACAUUUCUGACCUAUCCCUCAUCUGUUUGCUUGGAUACAGCAUGCUGCUCAUGGUAACCUGCACUGUGUAUGCUAUAAAGACCCGUGGGGUUCCUGAGACCUUUAACGAAGCCAAGCCCAUUGGGUUUACCAUGUACACUACUUGCAUUGUGUGGUUAGCCUUCAUUCCUAUCUUCUUUGGGACAUCACAGUCAGCGGAGAAGAUGUACAUUCAGACCACAACGUUGACCAUCUCAGUGAGCCUAAGCGCCUCUGUGUCAUUAGGCAUGCUCUACAUGCCAAAGGUCUACAUAAUCCUCUUCCACCCAGAGCAAAAUGUGCCCAAACGAAAGCGCAGUCUCAAAGCAGUUGUGACAGCAGCCACAAUGUCCAACAAAUUCACUCAGAAAGGAAGCUUUCGCCCCAAUGGAGAGGCCAAAUCAGAACUAUGUGAAAAUCUGGAAACACAAGCUCUGGCUACCAAACAGACGUAUGUCAGCUAUAGCAACCAUGCAAUUUAAACCCAGCCAGUGGCAAUAGACCACAAGAAAAGGGCUGACGAGGAGGAUGAAAAUGCAUCUGAACUCUUCAGUACAGAUGAUGUUAUUAUGGUGGAGGAGAAGGUAAAACCAAAUCUGACUCCAUGAAGGCAUCAUAUAGGUGCUUGUUUCCAGUGACUGGGCCGCUGGAGGAAGCUCUUCAAAAAGAUGGCCACCAAGUGUAGUCGAAAGGACCAACCAAGUUUUCCUUCGAAAAAUAUCUGCCUUCCAUUAAAGGGAGAGGAACCAAUGAACAUCACACCCAAAAUAAAGAAAUGGACAGGUCUUAAGCAACCUUUUUUUGCAUCCCCCCCCCCGUAUCUUGGCAAAAGAUUGAAUAAAUUUCCCUUUUAUUCCCCAAAUUGUGAAAUGGUUUGUGCUUGUGAAGUCUUUUUUUAUUUUUUUCCUUUCCCCCCCCUUUCUAUCUUUUUUUUUGAUUCCUCACUUCUGACUUCAUCAUCUAUUUCUCAUCUUGUUUCUUUUCUAUGUCCCUCUUUCCUCCUUACCAAGUUUUCUAUGUUGCAAAAAUAACAAAAGUCCUUUAAAAAAACACAAAAACCAUCAUCAACAACAAAAAUGAAAACAAAACCUAGACUGUGUUCAAAGUGCUGAUUUCUAUAGGUGGUAAAUUAAUGUAUGUGAUGACCAUAUGGAUUGAAAUAUGUCUGCUUCAAUGUACUGACCAAUCAAAAAUUAUUAAAAAAAAACAAAAAAAAUUAAUCAAAAAGUUCAGUGCCUGGAUGUUUAUGAAUUAUUUAAUGACAAUGUGUAGAGCAUGAUCAUUUUUAUACCAGAAUAUUUCUAAUAAAAAACUUGGUUUUGCACUCAUGA